ACAGCCCUAGCAGCUGUGUCAUAGAGCUGUCAUAGAAAAGAAAAUAUUGAGAGAAAUACAAACAUUCAGAAGUAAAAAAUUUUAAUAAUUUAAUAAUAUAGCUAGUAUGCCAUUAUUGGAGAACAUUGAUGCCAUGCCUGUAAACACGCCACCUGCGCCAACGACAGAAACAAACAAUGCACCCCAGGACCCACCCGUACGUGAGAUCACACAAACGGAUCACCUAAAUAAACGCUUGUUGAAAUCGUUGCUGGACUCGAUGAAAUCCACAACAGAACCGGAGGAGUCAACUGAAACGGAGUCCAGCAAUAGUGACUUCGAUGAUUGAAUAUUCUAUAUAUAUAUACAUUUAAUAAUUAAGUCAAUGUUUGGUCAUUAUUUAACUACAACUAAUAAAAUGAUAUCUAUUUGAUCUUUUAAAUA